AAUGAAAAUGAUAGCUCGCGUCAUACGAGGUCGGCAGCUAAUGCAUGGCCUGUCCUCGACAGCCGUGUGGACCCGCAAUCGCCGUGGCCAAAAGGCUUUGUCCAGAGGUUUCAGCGAGAUUUUAGCAGUUACCCGCUUGGAAAGACCCAAUGAGGUGACAAUGAUGGCUCAGCGCUUCUUCACUAGCACUUCCGAUGAUUUGGACGACAUGAAAGCGCGGGAUGAGAUGCCCCGAGAUGCCCGCCUGCCCGACACAGAGAAAGUGCCCGACGUAUGGCCAAAUGUUCCGCUACUGGCCGUGCGUGGGCAUCCCCUGUUUCCGAGAUUCAAGAAGAUUAUGGAGGUGUCCAAUCCGAUUGUCGUAGAGCUGCUGCGCCGCAAAGUUGCGCUCAACCAGCCUUAUGUUGGGGUUUUCCUCAGGAAAUUCACUGGGAAGGAGGAGGUCGUCAGGAGUCUGGACGAAGUCUAUCAGCUGGGAUCUUUUGCACUGAUUCAAGAGGUUAUGGACUUGGGCGACAAGCUGCGCCUACUGCUAGUGGCCCAUCGUCGUAUACGCAUCACAGGACAGGUGGUCGAUGAUCAGCAACCUCCAAAAGAGCCAGCUGCAGCCGCAAUCGAUGCCGAAGCGAGUACAUCCGCAUCAGCAUCAGCAUCAGCAUCAGCUGCCCCCGCUGCAGCGCCUGUGCUCAUUGUAGAGGUGGAGAAUGUCAAGGUACAGAUCUACAAACAAACCGUAGAGGUCAAGGCGCUCACCCAAGAGAUUGUCAAGACCCUACGCGACAUUAUCACUUUGAAUCCCCUGUAUAAGGAUAGUUUCCAUCGAAUGCUGCAUCAAAAUCAACGAGUCGUGGACAAUCCCAUCUACCUAUGCGACCUGGGUGCCACCCUUUCAGCCGGUUACCCGGAGGAGCUGCAAGACAUCCUAGAGGAAACAAAUAUCUCCAAACGCCUGCAGCUGUCCCUGACCUUAAUCAAAAAGGAGUUGGAGCUAUGGAAACUGCAGGCGCUAAUUGGAGAAGAGGUGGAGGAAAAGGUCAAGCAGCAUCAUCGCAGACACAUACUGCAGGAACAGCUGAAGGUUAUCAAGAGGGAGCUGGGCAUUGAGAAAGACAACAAGGCUACCAUCGUUGAAAAGUAUCUCGAAAAACUCAAAGAAAAAAUUGUUCCCCAAAGCAUCAAACAGGUCAUCGAUAAUGAACUGGCAAAACUGAAAUUUCUAGAGAGUCAUUGCUCUGAAUUUAAUGUUACCCGCAACUACCUCGACUGGCUCACCUCGCUACCCUGGGGCGUCAAAAACCCUGAGAAUCUCUGCCUGGACAAGGCCAACGAGAUCUUGAACCAAGAUCACUACGGCAUGGAGGAUGUCAAGAAGCGCAUCCUAGAGUUUAUUGCCGUCAGUUCCCUGAAGGGCAACACGCAGGGCAAGAUCUUGUGCUUCCACGGACCGCCUGGUGUGGGCAAAACGAGCAUAGCCAGGUCCAUUGCUCGGGCCCUGAAUCGUGAGUACUUCCGCUUCAGUGUGGGUGGAAUGAUGGAUGUGGCUGAGAUCAAGGGAUAUCGUCGCACCUACGUGGCCGCUUUGCCUGGCAAACCAAUACAGUGCCUGAAGAAGACCAAGACUGAGAAUCCCCUUGUGCUCAUUGAUGAGGUGGACAAGAUCGGCAAGGGCCAUCUGGGAGAUCCCAGCUCGGCGUUGUUAGAGCUUCUCGAUCCUGAGCAGAAUGCCAAUUUCCUAGACCACUAUCUGGACGUGCCAGUCGAUCUGUCGCGUGUGCUCUUCAUUUGCACGGCCAAUGUGGUUGACAGCAUACCAGAGGCACUGAGGGAUCGAAUGGAGCUGAUUGAGAUGUCUGGCUAUGUGGCCGAGGAGAAGGUGGCCAUUGCCCGUCAGUAUCUGGUGCCGAAGUCAAUGAACGACUCUGGCCUGACCGACGAGCAUAUCAGCAUCAGCGAGAAUGCCCUGAUUAUGCUGAUACGAAGCUAUUGCCGCGAGUCCGGAGUGCGCAACCUGCAGAAGCAGAUCGAGAAGGUUGUUCGAAAGGUGGCCUUCCUUUUCGUCAAGAAGGCGGGCACCCACUUCCCAGUGGAUGCCGAAAACCUGACCACAUUCCUGGGCAAGCAGAUCUUUACCUCGGAUCGCAUGUACGAGACGACGCCGCCGGGCGUGGUCAUUGGCCUAGCCUGGACGGCCAUGGGCGGCUCAUCGCUGUACAUUGAAACAUCGCCACGGAGCAAGCGGAACGGUCGUAGAUGUCGUGGCAUGUUAUACAUCACCGGAAGCCUCGGAGAUGUAAUGAAGGAGUCGGCCCAAAUAGCGCUCACUGUGGCGCGUAACUUUAUUGUGAAACGAGAUUUUAACAAUCAGUACCUCGAGUUUCAAAACAUCCACCUUCAUAUUCCUGAGGGGGCCGUACCCAAAGACGGGCCCAGUGCUGGCAUCACUAUAAUCACUGCCCUAAUUUCGUUAGCCACCAACAGGUCCGUGCGGAAGGAUGUGGCCAUGACGGGCGAGAUAUCGCUAAAAGGAAAAGUUCUGCCCGUUGGUGGCAUCAAGGAGAAGGCCAUAGCCGCACGUCGCUGCGGCAUCAACUGCCUCAUCCUGCCCGCGGACAACCAGUCGGACUUUGCGGAGUUGCCCAAAUUCAUAACCGAAGGCCUGGAGGUCUACUUUGCGGCUACCUACGAGGAUGUCUACAACAUCGCCUUCUCCGAGCCCACCCAAAACGUGGAUGUGACUGCCAAAGUGGUGCAGGUGCCCCUCGAGAAGGUAUCCGGCGAGUUCAACGUCAAGCCAUCGUGGCCGAGGUCUUAAUCGUAUUCUUAGCUUAGGGGUUGGGUGUUGUUAACCUGAAUGAUUGGGCGACUAAUAAAGUUGGGAAGAUGAAAUAUA